GGGCCGGGGCUCCCCCGCCGCCGCCGCCCAUGUGGCUGCAGCAGCGGCUGAAGGGGCUGCCGGGGCUGCUGUCCAGCAGCUGGGCGCGGCGCCUGCUGCUGCUGCUGGUGCUGCUGCUCGUCGCCUACUGGUACCUGGGCGCGGCGCGGGCGCGGGGCGCGGGGCGCGGGGCCGAGCCCUGGGGCCCCGCCGCGCUCUGCCUGCAGAAGGCCUCGGGCGCCUGGCGGGAGCAGACCCAGCGCGGCGAUGCGCUGCCGCUGCCUGAGGAGGCGGCCGGCGCCGGCGAGCCCCCGGGGCUGGCGGUGGCCGGGAACGGGUUCCUGCUGCUGGACGUGUCGGCGGGGCGGCUCUGGGUGCGGCCCGCGGGGCCCGCUGCGGGCCCGCCGCUCGCCACCGAGUACCCGGCGCUGGUGCGGCUGAGGGCGCUGGGCGGGCGCGGCGAGGCGCGGGCGGCGCUGGCGGCGCUGCGGGACGGGGCCGUGCGGAGGUUGCGGUGCGUGCAGACCGGGCCCGGCUCCGGGGACUGCGUGACGGUGCGGGAGGAGGUGGUGGCGCACCGGAGCCGGCCGCACCUCUACCUGCAGCGCAUCCGCAUCGCCAACCCCACCGCGCGGGUGGCCGCCUUCGAGGCCUCGGCUCCCGCCGCCGCCUCCGUGCCGGGCGGGCGCUUCACCACCAGCCUGGAGAAGGUGGAGGAGCGGCAGUUCCUGCUCUCCUCCGGCCGCCUGCUGCUGGCCGGCAGCCCCAAGGUGGUGCUGGUGGUGGUGGCUGCCAAGAAACUCGUGAGCCGGGUGCAGGUCGCGCCCGAGUCGCACUUUGACGAGACCCUGCUGUCCGUGGUGUACACGUCGGAGCCCAUCGAGGUGUCCAGGCUGGAGGAGACCUUCAGCAAGCUGAGGGAGGCGGCCAAGAAAGAGAUGCUGGAGGUGAUGCAGAUGGGGGUGGAAGAUCUUUUCCAGGAGCACCAGCAGACCUGGUCUGACUUGUUCAUUUCAGGGAUUGAAAUGAGGAAGAUCACAGAUGCACACACCCCAUCCAGUGAGACUGUCAACAUGACCCUCUACUACGUGCUGUCAACUGUGCCAGCCCCCCUGCUGGAUCCUCUCCUUGCUGGUGAGGACAGGGAGAGGAUUGAGGCCAGCCUGAACUACGCUGACCACUGCUUCAGUGGCCACGCCACCAUGCACGCCCAGAACCUGUGGCCACCCAGGCUGACCAGUGUCACCCAGAUCCUGCAGCUCUCAGACCUGUGGAAGCUGACUCUCCAAAAACGGGGCUGCAAGGGCCUUGUGGCAGCCGGAGUGCACGGGCUGAUGCAGGGAAUGGUGCUCAGCUUUGGGGGUCUGCAGUUCACAGAAAACCACCUUCAGUUCCAGGCUGACCCCGACGUGCUCCAUAACAGCUACUCCUUACGUGGCAUCCAUUACAACAAGGACUUGAUCAGUUUAGCUGUUCUCCUGGAUGCUGAAGGAAAGCCCUUCUUGCAUGUGUCUGUGAAGUUCCAGGAGAAGCCUGUCAGACUGUAUGCCUGUGAGGCAGGCUGUAUGAACGAGCCCGUGGAGCUCACCUCAGAGGCACGAGGCCACACCUUCCCUGUCAUGGUGACCCAACCCAUCACACCACUGCUUUAUAUCUCGACAGAUCUGGUCCACUUGCAGGACCUGAGACACACACUCCACCUAAAAGCUAUUCUAGCUCAUGAGGAGCACAUGGCCAAGCAAUACCCAGGCUUACCCUUCCUGUUCUGGUUCAGUGUGGCCUCCUUAAUUACUUUGUUUCAUUUGUUUCUGUUCAAACUCAUCUACAACGAGUAUUGUGGGCCAGGAGCCAAGCCCCUCUUCAGGAGUAAGGUAUAAAACUGCUGCUUUUGGCUGCUGUCCACUGAGUGUUGUCAGCCUGAUGUUGUGUCAGCUGUGCCUGGGCAGGCUCUCUCUUGGACUGUGAGGAUUUUCAGUCUCUCUUGAAACAAGCAAUCUGUGACCUCUUGCAAGGAGGAUUAGGGCAGGGAUUGGAGCAGUAGGGCUCAGAAUCGUUAGAAAAGAUAAAAGAUAAACUCAUCAUCUGUCCUUAGACAUUUGUGAGGCUGCAGGUGGAGGCAGACACAGCUUUCUGUCCUUUUCCCACACAUCAGUGUAGGACAUGGCUUGUUUCUAGGCCAGC